UUUCUUGAUCCGUCCGCACUAUUAGAGUUAGUAUCGCUGAGGAGGCCUCCGGAGGACGGGUCGUCCCCACUACACAGCGACUGUUGAGUCGGCGGCGUUGGCGACAGCUGUGCCCGGAUCUUUGCCCUUGUCGCCCGCCGCUCCUUGCUCGGCUGCGCUCACAGAGUCCGAUGGCGGCGGCAGCGCUGAGAUACUCAGCUCAGGUUCCCAUGACUACAGAAGCACUUAUGGACUUUAUACAGGGCUGUGUGACCUUUGAGGACGUGGCCAUUUACUUCUCCCAGGAAGAGUGGGGGCUCCUUGAUGAGGCUCAGAGGCUCCUGUACCUCGAUGUGAUGCUGGAGAACUUUGCGCUUAUAACCUCGCUGGUUUGUUGGCAUGGAGUGGAGGAUGAAGAGAUGCCUUCUGAGCAGAGUGUUUCUGUAGAAGUGUCACAGGUCAGGACUGCAAAGGCAGGUCCAUCCACCCAAAAAACUCACCCCUAUGACAUGUGUGUCCCAAUUCUGAAAGACAUUUUACACCUGGAUGAUCUAUCUGAGCAAAAUUCAUUCUUGGUUGGGACAUAUGGAAAGCUUCAGCAGCACCAGAAGCAUCACAGCACUGAGACGCCCUUGAAGAGGGACAUGGACACAGCCUCGUUUGUGAAAAGCUGUAGAUUCCAUGUGUCAAAGGAGCCCUUUGCCUGUGGGGAGGUUGAAAAGGACUUUGCUGCCAUGUUGGGUUCUUUCCAGCCCCAGGCUGUUCCCAACUGUGAGAAGCCAAACGAAAUCACCGAAUGUGGGGAGUCCUUUCAUAUUGGAAUAAGUCAUUACAAGUGGAGUGAAUUCAGAAAAACUUCCAGCCACAGUCACACUUUUGUUCACCACCCACAAGUCUGCACUGGAAAAAUGCUUUAUGAAUCUAACAAAUGUGGGAAAGCCUACCCCUCCAGGUACUCACUUGUUCCAUUCCAGAGAGUUCACACUGGAGAAAGGCCUUAUGAGUGUGGUGAAUGUGGGAAAUCUUUUAGCCAAACUUCCCACCUGAAUGACCAUCGGAGAACCCACACUGGAGAAAGGCCUUAUGAGUGUGGUCAGUGUGGGAAAUCAUUUAGCCAAAGAGCCACCCUCAUUAAACAUCACAGAGUUCACACUGGAGAAAGGCCAUAUGAGUGUGGUAAGUGUGGUAAAUCUUUUAGCCAAAGUUCUAAUCUUAUUGAACACUGCAGAAUUCACACUGGAGAAAGGCCUUAUGAGUGUGACGAAUGUGGGAAAGCUUUUGGGUCCAAAUCCACUCUUGUUCGGCACCAGAGAACUCACACAGGAGAAAAGCCUUAUGAAUGUGGUGAAUGUGGGAAAUUCUUUACACAAAGCCACAGUCUGCUUGAACACCGGUUAAUUCACACUGGAGCAAGGCCUUAUGAGUGUGGCCAGUGUGGGAAAUCAUUUAGCCUAAAGUAUGGUCUCAUUCAACACCAGUUAAUUCACAGUGGAGCUAGGCCUUUUGAAUGUGACCAGUGUGGAGAAUCCUUUAGCCAAAGAACCACCCUCAAUAAACAUUACAAAGUUCACACUGCAGAAAGGCCUUAUGUGUGUGGGGAAUGUGGGAAAGCUUUUCUGUUCAAAUCCAAACUUGUUCGGCACCAGAGAACUCACACUGGAGAAAGGCCUUUUGAGUGCAGUGAAUGUGGGAAAUUCUUUAGACAAAGCUAUACCCUCAUUGAACACCAGAAAAUUCACACUGGAUUAAGGCCUUAUGAGUGUGGUCAGUGUGGGAAAUCCUUUAUCCAAAAGUCUGGACUCAUUCAACAUCAGGUAGUUCACACUGGAGAAAGGCCUUUUGAAUGUGGCAAAUGUGGGAAAUCCUUUACACAACACUCUGGCCUCAUUCUCCACCGAAAAUCUCACACCAUAGAGAGGCCUCAUGAAAGCAGCAAAUGUGGAAAAGCCUUCAACCCAAGGUCUAACAUUGUUUAGCUCUUGAAAGUCCACACUUAAGAAAAUACUUGCACCUACAGGGAAUGUGCUUUUUUUUUUUUUUUUUUUUUAAUCAGUAUCAUGGCACUAGAGAGCCUUUGUGAGAGAACCACCUGCCUGAGGUUGAACCUGAUACUUGUAAACAUCCACAGGGGUGAGAUUCCCCAUGAGUUCCAGGCACGUGUGAGACGUACAGGAACUGUUCUGCACAUUCUAGACUUCCCAGGGCCAUAGCCAGACUUAAAUCACUGCCAGUUUCUCUGGUAGAAGACAUCUUCCCUCUACCACCUUGCACAGUGGGUACUGGUUACCCCAGAUGCUAAGGGAAGGCAGAUAUCUGUGCUCAUUACGUGGAGGAAAUCUUGAGCAGUCUGAGCCUUUGAGGGGAAUUUGUUCCCUUUUCUGACUGAUUAAAGUAUACAUCUGACCCAGUUUGGGCCAGAAGGACCCAGCCUGUGUUCUGCUGGAGGCUUGUGUGGAAAGCUUACCUUCUUCAUGGAAUCUGUUGGUCUCACAUGACAUUUGUGGUUAAUUUUUCCAGCCUCCCAAUCACCAACUGGUAACCAUCUGCCUCACAUUACGCUGCUUUGUACCCUAAU